CCAUCCAUUCCAAUGCGUCACAUUCCUAAUCCUCAACUGUUGAAAACAAACAAAGGAAGACGAGAAAACGAGAAAGAGUGGGUAGACCCGAGUGACAAAAAUAUCUGGACCAAACAGUGGACCCCAACUGCUCCCUUCGGACCAGUUAACCACACAACAAAGAUCUGAUACUGCAAAACCAGCCCUAGUAACUGCCAGGAAACUACCAGACUUAUGUCGGCGCUCCUUUCUUUCUCACAUCUCAAUUGUUGCAGCGAUCAAGAACAAAUGGCCUAUAAAAAUUCCGCGUCGAAAUCAACAUCAGUUAACUUUACCGUGGCCGUUGAAGAAAAAGGCGAACCAACCUCGUCCCCCCACCCCACCGCCUUCAAGAUUUUUAUCGUAACAGUUUGUCGGCAUAAACCCUUAGAAAAACCCCUCCCACCCCAUUUUUUUCUCUUUAAACCAAAACCCAAAGCUCUUUUUGUUUACCUCCAAAAAACAAAUGAACCCAGAAGACGAAAAACGCUCCCCCAGUUCCCCUCCUAACCCACCCCAAACGUUGCCUUUCCCUUCUCCAUUAGUGGAAUUGGAGACCUUUUCAACAUCAGCACCAGCUGAAAAGGAGUUUAUCGGAGUGCCUCGGCCUUUGGAAAUUCUUCAGGGGAAUCCAGUCCCGCCUUUUCUGUCGAAAACGUUUGAUUUAGUCGAUGACACGUCCUUGGAUCCGAUCAUCUCUUGGGGUCCGACGGGAGAGAGCUUUGUGGUUUGGGACCCGCUCGAGUUUUCCAGGCUGAUACUUCCUCGGAAUUUCAAGCACAAUAAUUUCUCCAGCUUUGUUCGUCAGCUUAAUACUUAUGGGUUUCGUAAGAUUGAUACUGAUAAGUGGGAAUUUGCCAAUGAAGCUUUUCAGCGAGGGAGGAGGCAUCUUUUAAAGAACAUUCAGAGGCGUAAGUCACCUCAAUCACAACAGGUUGGUAACUACUUUGGAGCUUCUACUGAAGCUGGAAGGUCUGGAUUGGAAGGUGAAAUAGAAAGGUUAAGGAAGGAGAAGAGUGUGUUGAUGCAGGAAGUAGUGGAUCUGCAGCAGCACCACCAGGGUACAGCUCGAAAUGUGGAAGUAGUGGGUCAGAGGCUUCAAGCGGCAGAAAAAAGGCAGAAGCAAAUGGUUUCAUUCUUAGUGAAGUUAUUUCAGAAUCCUGCUUUCUUAGCACGCCUUAAACAAAAGAAGGAACAGGGAGAAUUUGGUUCUCCAAGGAUGAGGAGGAAGUUUGUCAGGCACCAGCAGAUUGAACUGCUCAAUUCAGAACCACCUGUUGAAGGGCAGCUUGUGGAGUACAAACCUGAUUGGAGAAACCUUGCUAUAUCCUCUUCAGCCCCAGACUCAAAUCCAAUUUCUGUUGAACAAUCUCCAGAUUAUCUACCUGAAGGUCUAGACGGAAUUGAUUUAGGUGCAGAAUGCUUGCCAUUUCAAAUCGAUAAUGAAGUAGUUGUAUCUGAUGAGUUAGCAGUUGCACAUGGAUAUAUUAGAACCUCGGAGCUUGUUGGAGAGGGUACAUCAGCCUUGGGAAGCAAAGAUUCCCAUAUCAAAGGGAAGAACAUAAUACGCUCAGAACAAGAGGUUAUUCCAGGGUAUUUAGUCUCUUUCCCAGAGGAAUUAGUGAAGCAUAAGAGCUCCUCAGAGUUCUCAUCUUCAAUUGGUGAAACUGUUGCUAAACAUGAGGAUAUAUGGAGCAUGGGUUUUGAUGUCACUGCUGGUAUGUCUAGUUCUAGCAAUGAGUUAUGGGGUAAUCUUGAAAGCUACGACAUUCCUGAGUUGGGAGUGACUGGCGAGUUACCUGAUGUCUGGGAUCUGGGAUUUGUACAAACAGCAGAGGAUUCAGGCACUGAUAAAUGGCCAAUUGAGGAAUCUCCUUUUGAUAAUCCUGAGACUUAGAGUCGAGCUGGCCAGCCAGAAGAUAAUAGGUCUAAGAAGACUGAUUAAUAAAAGGGUUCAUUUGCUUUGGCAGAUGAUGCCUUUGUGGAUCAUAAUUAUUUUCAGUUACUAGGAUGAGGGUCUUUUGGACAAUUGAUUUAUGAACAUAUUAAUUGAAUGCAGAUUCUUUUUUCAAAUAUAUAUUAUUAGCAGUACAGGUUUCUGUUCUUUUUA